AUGGGUCCCAAGAAAGCUGCCGCCACUAGAAGAACAAAGAAGCAAAAGGAGGAGAUUGAGGAUGUAGAGGAUAAUUUGGAGAAGGAGACUGAGGAGGCUGCUCUCGCUGAUGAGGAUAGGGAGGCUUCUGAUGCUGAUGAGAAGGAAGAGUCAGCGGACACAAAGAAGAGAAAGAGAACUACAACCACUACAUCAACAGUGUCCACAGCACCAAUCUCCUCUCAGGACGAGGUCGAUGGUGAUGAGGAUGGAGCUGCUGUCCAACCAGCUGCCUCAGCCGGUGACUUUAACGCUGAUGACUUUAGCAAGCCAGAGAUGAAGGACGGUUUGAUCAAGAUUAUCUCAUGGAACGUGGCUGGAUUCAACUCCUGUGCAUCUAAAGGCUUCAAGGCCUAUGUUGAGAAGGAACAACCAGAUAUCCUGUGUCUUCAAGAGACAAAGAUUGAGCAAACAAAGGCUGUUGGACUCAAGGCCAUCCCUGAUGGAUAUGAAUAUCACUUCAACACUUGUGAGAAGCCUGGACAACAUGGAACUGCUCUCCUCACCAAGAUCAAGCCAGUGUCUGUUACCAAGGGUAUUGGCAUCAGCAAGCAUGACAAAGAGGGCCGUGUCAUCACUGCCGAGUAUGAGAAGUUCUACGUAGUCAACAGCUACGUUCCAAACUCUGGUACCAACAGAACCAAGCCACUGGAUCGCCUGGACUACAGAACAAAGGAGUGGGACGUUGACUUUUUCAACUACAUGAAGAACCUCAACAAGACCAAGCCAGUCAUUUGGUGCGGUGACCUCAACGUUGCCCACAAGGAGAUCGAUCUGAAGAACCCCAAGACCAACCUGAGGACGGCUGGAUUCACCAUUGAGGAGCGAACAAGCUUCAGUGGUCAUCUCGAGUCUGGAUUCGUUGACACCUACAGACACUUCAACCCCAAGAAAGAGUUUGCCUACACCUUCUGGUCGUACAUGCGUAACUCGCGUGCAUCCAACAUUGGCUGGCGUCUUGACUACUUCAUUGUUCCAGCCACCUUUAUCGGAUCAAUCCUUCACUCAUACAUGAGAACAAAUGUAACUGGAUCAGAUCAUUGUCCAAUUGGAAUCAUAGUCGACGCCACCAAGUAA